AUGUACACGAAAACCACCUUCACCGUCUCCCAAGCCAUUCUGGUCCUCCUAUCCCUCACCCACCACACCCUCGCCGCCGGCACGCAAUUCAUCACAGGCCCCUGCUCUUCAGACGCCGACUGCGCCUCCUCGUGCUGCGGCUUCAACUCCGGCAAAUGCGCCGGCCCAGUCAUCGCCCAAGAGCGCGACGGCGGCUGCGGCUUCGGCGACGCCCAGCCCAACGACAUUGCCGCACAGGCAUUCUUUGCGUCACAGUCGGGGGGAAUGUCACCCGCAACGGCCGCAGCGGAUCCUGCAGCCAUGAGCACGGCAGCGGCGGGUGGCAGCGGCAGCGGUAGCAGCAACGGCAAUGUCGGCACAGGCACGCAAUUCAUUACAGGGGCAUGCACCAGUGAUGCCGACUGCGCGAGUGGAUGUUGUGGCUUCAACUCAGGUAAAUGCGCCGGCGCCAUCAUCGCCCAAGAACGCGACGGCGGCUGCGGCUUCGGCGACGCCCAACCCAACGACAACGCCGCGCGGCUUCUGCGUGGCGAACAGCCAACCUCGCCGGCUGGCAGUGACCCCUCGUCGUCGUCAUCAUCAUCGUCAUCGUCAUCGUCAGGCUCAGGAUCCGGCUCAGGCACAUCCACAUCCACCUCCUCCUCCGGCGGCAGCGGCGCAAUCGACACGUCCAUCCCGGGCUCGGCAAAUGUAGGAAAAGGUGACGCCAGCCAAUUCAUCACGGGCCAAUGUUUCAGUGACGCCGACUGCGCGUCCGGAUGCUGUGCGUUCAACACGGGCAAAUGCGCGGGGGCCAUCAUCGCCCAGACGCGCGACGGCGGCUGCGGCUUCGGAGACGCCGCGCCCAACGAUAAUGCCGCCAAGGCGUUGACUGGCGGGGCCAAAGCCAGGAAGGCGAGGAGGAGCGUUAGGGAGUUUAUGGCUUAG